AUGGCAGUCUUUAUAUGGGACUGUUUGUUCUGUGCGCUCCCACUCCUGUUGUGUUUCCUGCUCUCUCUGGCUCUCCGCUGGCCCAGGGUUCACUGUGGGCUCAGGCUGGCUGUGAGGGCCACAGGCUGGAGAGUGUGGGUCACUAUCUGCUGGGUGCUGGAGCUUCCUCUGCACACCAGUGACAGAACAUGGACCAGGCAGGAAGGAUCACCACAGAUAGAUAGACCAAGCCUGGCUUGCAAACCCACUGCACUGGCCCAGUACUUGUUCCAGAACUGCGGCUCUCUGGUGUUGCCAAGACUGGCCGCCUGGCCCAGAGGAGACCCCCACCUCCAGACUCUGUCCGGCCUACUGUGGGGGAACCAUGGAAACAAAGUGCAGUUCAACCGGGACCAUCUCCUACUGAGAGACGGAGGGAUUGUGGCUCUGGACUGGGCUGUGGGGACGAGAGCAAGCGAGGUGGUCGGGAGAGAGAGGGGGGAAGGGAGGAGGGAGCAUCAGUCGGGGGGAAAGGCACUGGGGUGCUACACCUCCAGUCCUCCUGUCCUGCUCCUCAUCCCUCAGUUCUGGGGAGGGGUGACCCCCCACCUAAAGGGGCUGUGCCACCUGGCCCUGCGCCACGGAUUCUACGCAGUGGUGUUUCACCCACGAAGCACAGCAGGGUGUCCGCUGACCACACCCCGACUCACAGAGUUUGGAGACCCAGCUGAUCUUGAGCAGGCAAUGGCCUAUGUGCGCAGCCGCCACCCAUCCUCUGCACUGGUGGCAGUGAGCGAGGGUUCGGGCUCGGGUCUUCUGCUCUCCUACUUGGGUGAGAGUGGCUCCAGCUCUUACCUGACAGCAGCUGCAGCCAUCUCACCUGUACUGCAGGGCCAGGCCUGGUUUGAAACAGCCAUGCCUCCCAUUUACCGCUGGGGGGCGCUUUUUCACAGGAAACUGCAGCUCACAAGAUAUGCAAGUUCCUUCAAAGAGGUUCUGGACGUGGAUUGGGCCUUGAGCCGGUCCUCCCUCAGAGAUUUUGAAGAGGCUCUUUUCUGCUCCAGAACCCAGCCUCAGGAGAAAGACCCGGGCCCUACAACAGGCUCCUACAACUUUUCGGGGGCCAAACCUGGGAUGAACUCAGCCUCCUAUUCACCGAGACCAUCAGUAACCUGGAUGCUGGGGGAGAGGGCGCACCCUGCGAAGGACUGGGACAGCUACUGGGAGAGGAAUGAACCUCUGAGAGAUGCAGAUGAGGUGGCUGUCCCGGUGCUGUGUAUAUGCAGCCGGGAUGACCCUCUUCUGCCUCCGGCUUCCACCAUGCCCCUCCCCCUUUUCCACAGCAAUCCUUACUUCCUACUGGUGAUGACGGACACAGGGGGGCACUGUGGGUUCACUCUGGAUGGGACAGAGAACGGGGAUAUUAGAAAUGAGGAGGGGGAGGAUGAGGGUAACUGGAGUCAUAUAGCAGUCCUGGAGUACUUCAGGGUGGUGGCUGACUUCCUCAAAGGAGAGAGGGAAGGAGUAAGAUGGGACAGUGCAAGAGGAGAAUACGGUCAAGGGGUGCAGAGAAGCAGGACAAGCACUAUGUCACACCCCCGCAGGAGGAGAGCCACCAUGAUGAGGAGACCACGGACGCAGACACAGGAACAGGUGUAUGUGGAGGCAGAGGAUGAACAGUUCACCUGGAGGAGGUCCUACACACGCUGA